GGUCUUUAUCUAUGGUAUCCGUGUGCUUCUGUAGCAAAGGUUUGGGCAACCCUUCCCUUGAUGAGAGUAGUUGGAGAGCAUAUAUCAAAGUCUUAAAUUUCAAUGCACCUUGUCCAAUGUGAUCUAGAAGCUCCGAAUGAUUGGCAACUUGGAUGCUUCACUGCAAAUGAUGGAGUAAAACAGUUUUAGUAUCUGAUUCUUAGCUCCUGGAAAUUAUGCAUGUUUUGAUCUUGUCAACAAGAGCUGGGAUGUUAGAAGUGGACAGAGAAGAAAUACGUUCUGGAGGAGAGCUGCAAUAGACAAUUUUAAAGACUCCCUAGCAAGAGUAAUAUAAUUUACAACUGAAAUCCUUUGUGGGAAGAAGUAGAACAUCAAAAAUUAAUAGGAGGAUGUCAAUGACACACAUGCCGGAUGGAGCCACAAAUCUUCUGCCUAGUAAGCACGACUGGUAUGGGUAAUGGUGUGAAGGAAGGUCAAGUGGGUUUAAAACAGAAUGGCGUGGAGCCAAUUGUACCAACCCAUGUUCUAUCUGAGGGGAGCCCGGAUAAAAGGAAAGUGAUCAACUCCCUGAUGUCUGGUGCAUUGGCUGGCGCUGUUGCAAAAACAGCAGUAGCCCCGCUAGAUAGGACGAAAAUCAUAUUUCAAGUGUCUGCAAACAGAUUUUCUGCCAAGGAAGCCUAUAGGCUGAUCUAUCGCACCUACCUCAAUGACGGCUUCUUGAGCCUGUGGCGUGGGAACUCGGCCACGAUGGUCCGGGUGAUCCCAUAUGCUGCCAUCCAGUUCUGUGCGCACGAAGAGUACAAGCAACUCCUGGGAAGCUACUACGGCUUUCAUGGAAAAACGUUGACUCCUUUGCCCAGAUUCAUUGCUGGCUCGCUGGCAGGAACAACAGCUGCCAUGUUAACCUACCCUUUGGACCUGGUGCGAGCUCGAAUGGCUGUCACGCCGAAGGAGAUGUACAGCAAUAUCCUCCAUGUCUUCAUCCGAAUCUCCCGGGAGGAGGGGCUGAAGACCUUGUACAGGGGCUUUGCGCCCACCAUCCUUGGGGUGAUCCCAUACGCCGGGCUUAGCUUCUUCACCUACGAGUCGCUGAAGAAACUGCAUGCAGAUCACAGUGGGAGAGCCCAGCCGUACCCCCUGGAACGUCUCGCGUUUGGUGCCUGCGCAGGCUUGAUCGGCCAGUCGGCCUCCUACCCACUGGACGUGGUGCGUCGGCGAAUGCAGACGGCCGGAGUCAUGGGACACGUGUACGGUUCCAUCCUACCCACCAUGCGAGAGAUUAUAAGAGAAGAGGGACUAAUUCGAGGCUUGUACAAAGGACUCAGCAUGAACUGGGUCAAAGGUCCAAUAGCAGUGGGAAUAAGUUUCACAACCUUUGACCUUACUCAGAUCCUUCUCCGUAAAUUACAGAUCAGCACUAAUAUUGAAAGGUAGUGGCUUCAUUUCCAAAGUAUUACAGGGGAGAAGUACUCUGUAUGUGUGUGUGUGUGUGUGUGUGUGUCUAGCAAACACUAGCAUUGUCCCAUUUUAUUAGUGCUACCCCCUGCUGCUGAGAUUUUACUUUUUUUUUUUUUUUUUUUUUAAUGAGCCUCCCAGUUAUCCCCAAACCCAGACAUGCAGUUAACCUUCACUAAAUGGAAUUCUCCCUGUGGUUCCGGGUGACAGCAGAGCUGCCUUCUCUAGGGUAGCUGCCUCCGUCUUGUGUUUUAACUCUUCGAUACGCACUAAGCUAUUGCUGGCUUCUCUCCUGGGCUCAUUGGGUUGAUGAGGUGGUGUGGAGGGGACGCCAGACUGCCCGGAUGGAGCUGGAAAUCCGGGAGGUGAAAGCUGUUCCAGCUACGCAGUUCUCAGUAACUACACAUCGGUAAGCACCCUGGCAAGCAGUAUUUCAGUCGGUCUGCAAUGAACUUCACGUGUGAGUUGAGAGGGUUAAUAGCCUUUGAAAUGGAACAUCCAGGAUUUAAGUUUUUUAUUUAAAAAUAAUUUUUUACUCCAGAAUUUGGAUGUGUGCUCUGGCUGGAAGUGUGGAAGCGUUCCUUCCUUCAGAUAUCGUUUGUUCUGGUUUUACUUUGUGUUGAACAAAACGUUAUAAUGUCCCUGUAUAAAAUUAGCAAAGACUCUGGAGUUAGAUCAGCUUUCAAUCUGGAAUUCCUGUGCCUGCCAUCAGCACUGCCUGGAUUCAAUCGAAACAGUGUUGCUUUCAGACUACUUUAAAAACCAGAGUUGUUGUAUUUUUAAACACAGCAUUUUCGGAAGGAUUUAGCAAAUUGCAGUAUUAAGACUGGAGAUUAAGAGGGGGAAGUGUUACACACUCAAAGUUUUUAAUGAAUUAUAUCCUUCAUUAUUGUGGUUGCUGCUUAAACUGCAAUGUGAGAAUAAACUCUGUUUGGGGUGGGUGGCAGCACACCUAUGAAUAACCUAUCAAGGUGGCUGUUUUUAAUGGGUUCAACCUCAUCUUUGUCUAAAGCUGCCGGCCCUGCUUUGGAACACCCUCGGUGUGCGCGCUCCGUAGGUCAUGUCACCUCAGCUGAUUAACUUUGAUUCCAUUAGCUUGUUCUAGAAUUGUACUGGACCAACUUGGCUCAUAGAAAAUAAACUCAGUUUACCAAGAGUAAUGUAAUUGUCACCCAUUGGGAAUCAUGCCAGGUGUGCCAGUCCUUCCCAGCUGCAAGUGUGAAAUGAACUGUAAGGCACCUUUUGAGUGUGACAGUUCAACGCUGAUAAUAUUUUGGGAACAGAGCACUGAGAAACUUGGAAGGGCGAGUGGCUUUAUUUUAAACUUGGAGCACGAGAGAGGAGGAAGAAAUUGUCCAGCCAUCUCUAAUAACCCCAAUGUCUCCCCGCUCCCAGGCAGUAUACCCCUCAAACACGCCUUUCCACGUGGCAGGACUGCUGCUUGUGUGGAACAGAAAGGGAGCAGAGGGUGUAACUAGGUUGUAUUUAAAAUCUGUCCCUUCCUGACACAAAAUGUUCAUUAUUGUUACUCAAACCUUGUAUCAAGAGUUCAUUCGCCAGAAUGAAGAUAAUCGCAAUUGGUAAAAUUAAACCCCUCUUUUUUUUUAAUAGUCUUUGCACUCACUCUUUGGAGCAGAACCUGCCUCUAAUGUCAAAUAUUUUCCUAGUGAUUAAUGACAAGCACCUACUUUGGCCCUGGGUUCUUAAUCCUCUUGUGGGAUUGGCCAGAGAGUCUAGAUACUGGAGUAUUGGUGUGCGCAUUCUUCUGCUAGAAAGGGUAGUGUCAGCAUUGUGCUAACAGCAGGUGCCCAGAUAGGACAUAACCUCUGUGAGAUGUCUGACACUUCUGGCUUCAAGACAAUAUCCAGUGUAAACUCAAAGUCUCUGGUCACAUCGUCGAAGUACAAAGUAAUUCAAUUUUUAAAAGAUUUUUAAGAAACUGGAAACGCUUGUGACAGAUGAGACAAACGAGCCCUAAAAGAACAGCCCUUGCCAUAGGUGGGAGGGGAGUCCAGCCAUCUGUCCAACCAGCAUCCGGUGCGGGAAGUUCUUUAUAUGGGUGGCACACACCUUUGCAAGAACUCUGACGCUUUCCUUUCCCCAGUGGAAAAGCUGGUUACUUCUCUUUGUCCCCAUUAUAUGAUGGGGGUAGGGGAGGGAGCAUCAAGCUGGCAGCGUGACUCCCUGAGUGGAGAUACCGUACCAGUGGCAUGUGUGUUGUUGUCCAAGGUACAUCUAAUCGCUAUCAGGCUCUCGAUGUGCGGAGGCUUCCUGUGUGGUGGGUGCAUCAUCGAGUGCAUGGGAGCUGUGUGCACGCAAGAGGAGACUGGUUUCCCUUGUCUGCACUAUGGUCAGGGUUAGACCGCAUCCUGGUGGGCAGUGAAGUAACCACUAGAGGGGGUUGCCCAGCUCUGCAGAUAGCGAAUGAGCUGCACCUGCCGUCUGAAGGUGGACUCUCAUUUAGGGGCCUGAUCCUGUGUGCUGAAGCCCCUCAGCCCACCACUGCAGUCAGUAGCAGGGGAGCGUGCUCGGUUCCUUGUAGGACCCUGACUCUCUGGCGAAAGGGGAUUCAUCUACGGGGAAAGCCCCAGACUCGCAGAUGGAACUGAGUUGGGAGCAUGAGUCCUUCUGAGACAUCUUCCCUGCGUCAAUAGUCUUCCCCCUCAACCCAUUGUAUUAAAUAUGAGCACUGGUCUGAAGAGAGACUGGAACCAAGAAGUCCUGAUGGGCUGUAGCCUUCAGUCACAUAACUCCUGGGGGUGCCCACUUGGAUAGGAGUGAGACCAGUGCAAGGGUGGUGAGAUUCUUCUGUCUAGAAGCCUAGGGUAUCUGUACCAAAAACUCAAAGGAGAGACGUGAGACUCUAGGGAAGUGCCAGUGUGGAAGUGCUGGACCCAGAAGGGUGAAUGGGUGGGGUUUUUUGUUAGCACUGCAGCUAAUUUAAAAAUCUCUUUUAGACAAACCUUUUUACUGACUGUGUUUUAGUCCAGAAGCAGACCUGAUUUCAGUCUAAUUAUGUUAGCAGUUGUCUUUGGUUUCUUGAACAAAAAAGUUCUUAAAAUAACUCUCUCUGUCUGUGUGUGUGUGUGCGCGCGCUGUGUACGUUUUAAAUAGCUGGUUUCCCCUGUUGGGAUGUACAAGGGGGAAACCCAAAACGCUUAAUUUUUAUUUUCUUGCAUGAAUUAAAACUUGUUCCAAAUCUGCUGCCUGAAAUGAGGGACCCUGAAGCUCCUCUAGCAUGCUGGGUAGGAGGGGACGGUGCCACUGUGUGUAAUGGAAUGACCUUCAGUUUGCUUCAGGAAUCUCCCACGAGUAUGUUCUGUAUCCCUCCAAAAAGGAGACAAGUCCCGUGUAAAUCUUCUCUCUUCCCCUCCCAUUUCUCUGGAAUUGUUGAUCAUCUGAUCCCAAAUUAUGUGACUCUCUCUUAAAAUGGUCAGCUGUCUUACUAUGAUAAUUAGCAGCCAAACACUAUUAACUUGCAUUUCCUUCUCUUCCGCUCCCCUCUACCAUGGUCUAGUGCCCUGGGUCCACUCCUGGCUGUUCGGGGAAGGCAGGUCUGAUGGAGAAUAGCUAAAUUGGCACAAGUGCAGGAUUGAUGUUGGGUUCCCAGAACAGUCCAGCAUCGGAACCCUCCUUGUCGAAUGCAGGGGUGAGAGCUUUCAUUUCUAAUGAGGAUUAGAUACCAGGGAUGUGUGUUCUUUUGGAAAGUCCUUGAGUAUCGUUUGUCCAGUGUGAUUCCUUCCCCUUUCCCACUGGAUGUGAAAUGGCAGCUCCUCCCGGUGCCUAGCUCUUUGGCUGUGUGAACUUGUCGUUGCCUGGGUGGAGUUCUGAGGGCCAGGUAAGGGGCACUGGUGUGGGAAGCUGGGGAGGCUUUCCAGCAGAGGGUCAAGACAAAACUUAUCCAUUUGGUGCAGACCCCUUGCUGCUGUUGGGAGCCCUCACUGAUCCCUGGACACAUGCCCCAAGCAGUCUUCUCCUGGUUCUCCAGGAACACAUGGCCGCAGGGCCUGAGAAUGCCAAUACAGCCUUGGGAUGGGAAGACAGGCCAGCAGCAACCAAGGUGGAAGGCAGAUCUCUGUGCGUGCAGAGGACUUUGGGGGGAAAGGGGAAUGCUGAGGAGCCUUGGCACGUGUAAGAAUCAACCAUCAGUGGAAGUCACGGGGGUGACGGUCCCUGCGAGGCAGGCAGUGGAGUGGGAAUAUCCACUGAAACUUUCAUGGUAUAUUUUUUAGAAGCCCAGUCCAGCAGCUGGUCUGAGGAAAUGCUGGUACAUCUGUAACUCCACCUGACCUCCCAUGGGCCUGGCAGUGCUUAAGCAUUACAGGUCUUGCACAGUGGUUGCUUUAACACAGAAGCAGUCAGUGCAUUUCAGAAGAAACUUUUUUAACAAGAAGUGCUUGAUAAAUGGACUUUGGUGCUACCAUGCAAUCUGAGAAGUCUGUGGCAUCCGGCAUCAGUGGGUACAGCAUUGGUGGCAAAGGGGAAGCGAAAUAUUGGAGAUCACAGAAUCCUAGAAUAUCAGGGUUGGAAGGGACCUCAGGAGGUCAUCUAGUCCAACUCCCUGCUCAAAGCAGGACCAAUCCCCAACUUAAUCAUCCCAGCCAGGGCUUUGUCAAGCCUGCCUUAAAAACUUAUAAGGAAGGAGAUUCCACCACCUCCCUAGGUAAUGCAUUCCAGUGUUUCACCACCCUCCUAGUAAAAAAGUGUUUCCUAAUAUCCAACCUAAACCUCCCCCACUGCAACUUGAGACCAUUACUCCUCGUUCUGUCAUCCGCUACCACUGGGAACAGUCUAGAUCCAUCCUCUUUGGAACCCCCUUUCAGAUAGUUGAAAUCAGCUAUCAAAUCCCCCCUCAUUCUUCUCUUCCACAGGCUAAAUAACCCCAGUUCCCUCAGCCUCUACUGUUUUCGAUGCAACUUUUACUCAUCUCUUAUGAUUUAUGAGGAAAUACCUGAAUGUAGUUACUUAAUUCUUAUCCUAGGGCUAAUGUGGUAUGUUUUGGGCUCAGUCCAUGGCUUGGAGCCAGAAAUGGAAAAGACUUGAUUUAUAAAAAGGUUUUUUCAUUGCAAUGUCUGGUUCCUCCUACCCACCCUGUACCCUUUAAUGCCACGUUAUGCAGGGACUCUUGUUGACUGUCUAUGCACGGAGCACAAAUGCCUUUUGUAAAGAUGUUCUCACCCAUUAAUGUGUGUCAAACCUGACUGCUUUCCUUGGGUCUGGAGUUCUAUUUUAAUGCAGUGAUGACACUGUUAUAUAAUGUUUAUAUAUAUAUAUAUUUUAAAAUUUGUGCCAAGAGAGGAGUAUAUUUAAUAAAAAAUUAACUGGCUCUCUG